GGCCGAUCUGAUGGGAGUGGUGUUUAUAAAAGGCCCCUCAUCUGCAGCCAGAAACCCCAGACGGGUCCCUACAACCCUGCUAAUUUCCAGCACCUGCCUCCACAGUCAGUGCCGAUGCCGUUGUUCCAGUUUCUUCCGUUCUCCACCAUGGAGCUGCUCCUGGCUGCCACCAUCUUCUGCUUGGUACUCUGGGUGGUCAGAGCCUCUUGGCCUCAGGUCCCCAAAGGCCUGAAGAGCCCCCCGGGGCCCUGGGGGUGGCCACUGAUCGGGCAUGUGCUGACCCUGGGCAAGAAUCCACACCUGGCGCUGGCCAGGCUGAGUGCACGCUACGGGGAUGUGCUGCAGAUCCGCAUCGGCUCCACGCCUGUGGUGGUGCUGAGCGGCCCGGACACCAUCCGCCAGGCCUUGGUGCGGCAGGGCGACGACUUCAAGGGCCGUCCCGACCUGUACAGCUUCACCCUGAUCACUGAUGGCCAGAGCAUGGCCUUCAACCCAGAUUCGGGCCCCGUGUGGGCUGCCCGCCGGCACCUGGCGCUGGACGCCCUGAAGAGUUUCUCGGUGGCCUCAGACCCGGCCUCAUCAUCCUCCUGCUACUUGGAGGAGCAUGCAAGCAGGGAGGCCGAGCAUCUUGUGACCAAGCUUCUGGAUCUCAUGGCAGGGCCCGGGUGCUUUGACCCCUUCAGCCAGAUGGUGGGCUCAGUGGCCAAUGUCAUCGGCUCCAUGUGCUUUGGGAAGAACUUCCCCAAGACCAGCGAGGAGAUGCUCAGUAUUGUGAAGACCAGCAAUGACUUCGUGGAGUCCGCCUCCUCUGCCAACCCCGUGGACUUCUUCCCCAUCCUCCGCUACCUGCCCAACCCCACACUGCAGCGGUUCAAGAGCUUCAACGAGCGGUUCCUGCGGUUCCUGCAGAAGACGGUCCAGGAGCAUUACCAGGACUUUGACAAGAACAGUGUCCAGGACAUCGCCAGCGCCCUGUUCAAGCACAGUGAAGAGGGCCCCCAGGUGAACGGCGACCUCAUCCCCCACAAGAAGAUUGUCAACCUCGUCAAUGACAUCUUUGGGGCAGGCUUUGACACGGUCACCACUGCCAUCACCUGGAGCCUCAUGUACCUUGUGACCAAGCCGGAGAUACAGAAGAAGAUCCAGAAGGAGCUGGACACUGUGAUUGGCCGGGACCGGCGGCCCCAGCUGGCAGACCGACCCCGGCUGCCCUACUUGGAAGCCUUCAUCCUGGAGGUCUUCCGGCACUCCUCCUUCGUGCCCUUCACCAUCCCGCACAGCACAACCAGAGACACCACACUGAACGGCUUCUACAUCCCCAAGGAGCGCUGUGUGUUCAUCAGCCAGUGGCAGGUCAACCACGACCCGAAGCAGUGGGAGGAUCCCUUCGAGUUCCGCCCGGAGCGAUUUCUUGUGGCCAACCACACUGCCCUCAACAAGACCUUGAGUGACAAGGUGCUGCUAUUCGGCCUGGGCAAGCGCCGGUGCAUCGGGGAGACGCUGGGCAGGUGGGAGGUCUUCCUGUUCCUGGCCAUCCUGCUGCAGCGGCUGGAGUUCAGUGUGCCGCCAGGCGUGAAGGUGGACAUGACCCCCAUCUACGGGCUGACCAUGAAGCCGCCCCGCUGCCAGCACCUGCAGGCACGGGCUCGCUUUACCAAAUGAAGAGGCCAUCACAGCCAAGGCAGGGAUGGGCACCCUGUGAAGGCUUGACCUUGUUUCUCUCCUUUUCUUUGUAAAGAACAGUUUCAGCUAGGGGUGGUGGUAAUCCCAUUACUGAGGAGGCUGAGGCAGGAUGGUCGUGUGUUCAAAGUCAGAGCAGGCUACAUAGUGAGUUUGGGGCCAGCCUGGAUUACAUAAUGAGAUCCUGUCUCAAAAAAAAAAAAAAAAUCAAAGAAGCUUUACUGAGAUACAAUUCCUAAGCCAUAGAACUCAUUGCCUUUAGCGUAGUCACGUGAUUCUACUUCUGUCUCUGCGGAUCUGUCUGCUCUGCACUUUGCAUAUAAAUGGAACCAUGCAAUCUAA